UCGGUCGGGACUUCUCCGCGUACGAUGGACUACGAGACCAAGGUGCUCCCCCAGGUCGGCGGGUACGGGCGCUACAACAGGGUGGCGGUGUUCUUCAGCUGGUUUCCCAACUUCGCGGUGACGCUGAACCUCUUCAGCGACGUCUUUUACACGCUGAUCCCGGACUCGUACCACUGCAAGCCCGACCCCAAGCUUCUGCCCUCCGCCUUCCUCCUCAGCAACUUCUCCAGGGAGGGAUACCUCAACUUCUCCAUUCCCUGGGUCAGCGGCGCCGGCCUGAGCCACUGCGAACUUUUCAAGUACCCGACCAACGUGUCCGACUUCUCCCCGAACGUGCCCAAGGAGAGGGUGUCGUGCACCCGGGGAUGGGAGUACGCCGACGCGGCGGGGCUGCGGAGCAACUACGUGACGGAGUGGAAUCUGGUUUGCAGUAACUAUUGGAAGAUUCCUCUGCAACACAUCUGCUUCAUGACAGGGUGGAUUCUGGGAUACGUCCUCUUGGGCGCCCUGUGUGACUGGUUGGGUCGGCGGCGGUGCUUCCUGCUCUCCGUGAGCCUCUCCAGUGUGUUGGGAGUGGCAGUGUGCGUGUCCAACAGCGCUGUGGUCUUCCUCCUCCUGCGCCUCUCCCAGGGAAUCAUGCUGGCAGGGGUCUUUCUGUCCUCCUACAUUGCCAGGUUGGAGCUCUGCGACCCUCCUCAUCGCCUCAUGGUUGCCAUGGUCAGCGGCUUCUUCGCCAUUUGUGCAGAGCUGCUGUUGCCGGGGAUAGCCGUCCUGUGCCGCGAUUGGCCCGUCCUGCAGGCGGUGGCCACGUUGCCGCUGCUGCUGCUGCUUUCUUAUUGGUGCUGUGCCUCGGUGUUCCCGGAGUCUCCGCGCUGGUUGCUUAGCACAACCCAGAUCCAGCUGGCAAAGAACAGCAUCCAGGAGUUUUCUUCCAAGAACGGAGUGUGUCUGAGGGACGAGCUUUACCCCGGCGAAGCCCUGCUGUCAGACAUAGAUGCAGUGUAUGGGGAGGACUGCCAGCCAAAGUACCACACAGUUCUGGAGCUGCGUCGGACACGGGUCAUCUGGAAGAACUGCCUCAUCCUCAGCUUCACUCUGUUAAUUGGAACAGGCAUCCAGUACUGUUUCACCAGAAACCUACACAGCUACUCCGCCAACUUCUAUUUCAGCUACUUUCUCCGGGUGCUAACCGGAGCGUUGGCCUGCCUCUUCCUUUGCUUGACUGUCAACCACUUUGGCCGUCGCGGUAUCCUGUUGCUGUCGGCUAUCAUCACCGGCCUGUCCUCACUGGUGCUGCUGGCCCUCACUCAGUAUCUGCGUGGAGGCCUGGUGCUGAUGCUGUCUGUGAUGGGUCUGCUCUCCUCCCAGACUCUGGCCAUGCUCAGUGUGUUCUUCGCCUGUGAGGUCAUGCCCACUGUAGUCCGUGGUGGAUGUCUGGGACUGGUGCUGGCGGCGGGCUGCGUCGGCAUGGCUGCCUCCUCUUUGAUGGAGCUCCAGAACAACGGUGGGUACUUCCUCCACCAUGUCAUCUUCGCUUCCUUUGCGGUCCUUUCCGUGCUGUCCAUUAUGCUCCUGCCCGAGAGCAAACGCAAGCCCCUGCCGGACUCCCUGAAGGACGGCGAGAGCCAGCGCCGGCCGCCACUCUUCCUGACGCGGGCCGACAGGGACAGCCUGCCGCUGCUGUGCACGCAGCCCCGCGUCUCCGAGUACGACUCCGACAACUACUCCCGCCUGGUCUCUGCCACGAGGAGGAUGCUGAGUAAAGAUUCUUUGCCCUAUAAUAUCGCUGUGCCGGCACACCCGCCGCUGCUGGCAGCCAACCCAGGGCCAACAGAGGGGGUGGGAACGGGGUGCUGAGGGAUGAAAUAUCAUAGCAGCUCUCCCCCUCCUCUCCUGUACAGACUGUGAUUAUCCAAAGACUACAUUCAACCAACACUCCUGGUAUCAUCCAGUGAAUUAUCUCCUCGUGUGUCAGGUGGUUGUUACUCACCACAUGAACUGACAGCUCACUGUACGUUGGGAAUGGUGGCAGUUGGUGUCAGUGAUAUGAGUGUGGGUGUCAGUAAUAUGAGUGUGGCUAUGUCAGUCUUUGUG